AUGACGCUGUUGGGAGGUCCGCGCAGGGGUUACGUGCCUGUUAGGAGGCGGAAUCCCAGCGGCGGUCUCCAAUCGAGUCGCCAGAUUAGCCCGAGUGACGGCACCCGCCACCGUCAACUGCGCGAUCGCGACAGGCAGGCUGAGGAGGAGGAUGGCGAGGCUGGCAUGACCGAAGCUGGAGUGACCGAGGCUGGGCAAUCCAAAACAAGCCCCGACCUGUACUAUAACGGAGGGCCUGUUAUCGCGGAUCCGGUCGUCUACCUCAUCUACUACGGCACGUGGCCUGAGAAUUCCGGAGCUGCCAUUAUCGAUAAUUUCGUGCAGUCGCUGGGAGGGAACGCGAGCAGGCAGGGAGGGCCGAGGGGUGAGAGCAGCGUGAGCGGCUGGUGGGCGAUCACCACGCAUUACUUUAUGACACGGGCUGACCGCAAGCUGGCGUACGUCACUCCUAAGGUUCGGUUUGGAGGUUCGGUAGUGGAUCAGGGCUCCAUCGGCCAUUCCUUCUCCGACACCGAGAUUGCCAGGAUUGUCGAUCGCAACGUGGGCAAGGCCAACUUUGUCGAUCGCAACGUGGGCAAGGCCAACCGGCUGCCGUCCGAUCCGAACGGGAUCUACAUCGUGGUCACGAGUGCUGACGUGGAUGUGUGGGAGUUCAGCCGCUGCAGCUAUUGCGGGUGGCAUGCACAGAUGAUGGACAUGCGCACUGGCAGCCCCAUAGUGUAUGCAUUUGUGGGGCACCACUCGCUGUGCUGCCAGUACAGCAACUCCUCCCCCAACGGACUACCAGCCAUAGACAGCAUGGUGAGCACCAUUGCCCACGAAAUCACCGAGGCUGCUGCUGACCCCUCCUGCCUGCUUAACCCUCGCAUUUCCCUGCCACCCCCCCUGUCCCUCAAAUCCCACCCCAUCCCACCCUGGCCGCUCCUCCCCUACCGGGCUGCCAGCCAUAGACAGCAUGCAAUAGACAGCAUGCUCUGCCGCCCCAAGCUCAGCCGCCCCAAGCUCUGCUGCCCCAAGCUCUGCCGCUCCAAGCUCCGCUGCUCCAAGCUCUGCUGCCCCAAGCUCUGCCGCCCCAAGCUCCGCUGCUCCAAGCUCUGCCGCCCCGAGCUCUGCCGCCCCAAGCUCUGCUGCCCCUAG